AAAAGAUUUAUAUUACUGUCAAAACUCAAAAUAAUUUGGUAUGUCCACAAAUAAAAUGAAAACAAUAGUUAUACUGCUAAUAAUUGGGAUCAGUAGUGCCAAGAACAGUAGUGAUCAAAUUAAGUAUACAAAUACAGAAUAUUCUUUUUGGAAAUAUUGGAAACCAUCUUAUUACUUUCUUGAAAUUGCCACAAAUAUUGAAAAGGAAUCAUUCUCUGGAGAAGUUCGAAUAACUGGAACAAUUUUAGAGGACACGGACAAACUGGGACUUCAUAGCAAAGUGAACAUUUCAGAUGGAUUUUAUUCAAUUAAAGAAAAUUAUACACAAUUAGAUUUGAAUUUAGCAUCAGAAUAUUACACUUCUGGUGUUAUUGUUUUUAAGUUAAAUCAAAUUAUAAAGAAAGAUGUUGAAUUUAUGCUCACAUUAAAAUACUCUGGUCAGAUGCAAGAACUAAAAGGAUUGUACAUGUCUUUUUAUGAAUUCAAUGAUGAAAAAAGAAAAGUAAUUAGUACAGAAUUACAACCAAUGGGGGCCCGAUCAGUAUUUCCCUGUAUAGAUAUUCCUAGUUAUAAAGCAGUAUUUGAGAUUAAAUUGGGAAGGCCACAGUCCAUGAAGGCUCUGUCAAACAUGCCAAUUAGAAACACAUCAGCUCCAGACCAAAAAAUAAAUGGUCAGGUAUGGGACACAUUCUACCCAACUCCAAAAAUGUCCACUUAUGUAGUGGCGUUUGUUAUAUUUGAUGACCUGGCAAGCUCAGAACUUCCAAAAAACAAUACUAUUUGGUUUCCAGAAGCGAGUAGAGAACAUGUGCUUUUGCCAUCCGAUAUCAUGGUUGUUUUAGUAGAGGCAAUGGAAAAUUACACAGGGAUAGACUAUAAUUUACCAAAAAUGGAUCUUGUCCUGGUUCCCAGUAAAGAAGUUGUUGCAAUGGAAAGUUGGGGUCUCAUCACAUGGGGGCAUAGAUUUCUGUUUUUCAAAAGUGAAAUAUAUUCAUUUGAAGAUGAGCUAACAUUUGUUAGUUAUAUGGCACACGAAAUUGCACAUCAGUGGUUUGGAAACCUUGUAACAUGCAGAUAUUGGUGUUAUUUGUGGCUGAAUGAAGGCAUUACAUCAUACUUAAUGAAUCUGAUUGUGGACCAAUUAUUUCCAGAAUCAAAAGUAAUGGAAUUGUUUAUGUCAAUAAACAUAGAAAGAGGCAUAUUUGAGGAUUUCCACAUGCCAUUUUCUUUAGUAGAAAAAAAAUUCUGUCAGAAUGAGAUUUCAACAUUUACCACAUCUCUUAAAACAUAUUUAAAGGGUUGUGCUAUUACAAACAUGGUCGCGAACAUAAUAAUGAACAGUGAUUCAUUCAGACAAGGAUUGCAAACUUAUCUGAUGGAAAACCAGUUUGAUUCAGUCACAGAGAAAGAACUUUGGAGAGCAUUGCAGACCAAAAUAGACAAGUGUUCAAUUCCUGAAGGAGAAUCACUUGAGUCAUUGAUGCAUGGUUGGACUCACAAUUAUGGAUUUCCGCUGCUGACAGUCUACAGACAUAAAAACGGUUCUCUCACUGUCAAACAGGAGCCAUUUGAUAUUCAAAGACAAAAUAGAAGUGUUAAAAGCUAUUGGUGGAUUCCUGUAACAUACACAACAUCAAAAGAGAGAGAUUUUGACAAUGUUCAUCUAAAAGAGUGGGUUAGACCAACCAAUGAAGCACAACCAGUGGCACCAAUCAUAGCAGACGAUGAAUGGAUAAUUUUGAACCUUCAGAAAAUAGGCUAUUACAAGGUCAACUAUGAUCAAAGGACUUGGGAUCUGAUUGCUGCAGAUUUAUCAAAUGAUAACAUGGUCAAAAUUCACCCCCUGAACCGGGCUCAAAUAAUAAUUGAUUCUAUUUUCCUUGUUGAAGCACAACUUCUUAGUUAUUCAACAUUCUUAAAUCUUUCAAGAUACCUAAAAAAUGAGUCCUAUUAUGCUCCACUCUAUGAUGGUCUUUCAUUCAUUCUUGAGUUGGUUCGUUAUUCAAUGGGAACACCAGUUCACGACACCCUUAAAACAUACUACAAGUACAUUGUAUCUAAUGUGUACAAACGUGUUACAUCCAGAGGUUUCCAAGUCACUAAUUUAAUUAAUCGUGCUCUCAAAAUGAUGAUUCUUAAAUACGGCUGUUCAUUAGAUUUCCAGCACUGCAAGAAUCAAACUAUACAAAUUCUCGAUGAUAUCAUGAAUAAUAGGAUUGAUGAAAAUCAAUUAAAUUCUGAGUUGAGGAGUACUUUUUGGUGUACUGCAUCUAAAAUAGGAGAUGAGAAGGUGUUUAACUACAUUAAACAGAAAUAUAUCAAAGAGAAAAACUGGAAAUUAAAAGAAGAUUAUUUAAAUGGUCUGUUUUGUGUUAGAAACAAAGAGCUAUUUCAAAGCCUGUUGAAAGAUAUUUUAUAUAAAGCUGACUACUUGAAACAGGAAACCUUAAUUAGCUUACUAUCAAAUCUUGUUUCUUCAGAUAGUUCAUGUUAUACAAUUGACUAUUAUUCUGAAAAUUUUGAUUCUCUUAAUUUACAUUUUGGAAAUGAAUCAGUAAAGGAGCAGCUUACAGAAAUUGCUUCUAGCCAUACUGAGAAAAAGGAGUGUAUAGCCAAAUUGAAAGAGCUAUUGGAACAAAAAUCCAUUAAGGAGGUCAUUUUGGAAAGGUUUUGGGACAGAAAGUAUGUAGCUGAAAUUAUAUCCUGGUUUAAGAAUGCAGCCAUUGAUUUUGAAAUUAAAGAGGUCGAUACCGAUGUUAGCGAUACAAAUAUGUUUGUUGAGAACAAUAUAAAUUUCUUCAAAGUAAUGAAAAUAGUUACUCUGCUAAUAGGGAUUAGCAGUGCCAAGAGCAGUAGUGAUCAAAUUGAGGAUAAAAAUGUAGUAUACCCUUUUUGGAAAUAUUGGAAACCAUCCUAUUACUCGCUUGAAAUUGCUCCAAAUAUUGAAGAGGAAUCAUUCUCUGGAGAAGUUCGAAUAACUGGAACAACUUUAGAGGACACGGACAAACUUGGGCUUCAUAGCAAAGUGAACAUUUCAGAUGGAUUUUAUUCAAUUAAAGAAAAUUAUACACGAUUAGAUUUGAAUUUAGCAUCAGAAAAUUACACUUCUGGUGUUAUUGUUUUUAAGUUANUAGUGGCAUUUGUCAUAUAUGAUGACAUGUCCAAUAAAAAACUUAGAAAGAACAUUACAAUUUGGUAUCCAGAUGAGAGCAAAGAAAAAAUGCAGUUAGCUUUUGAUAAUAUGGGUGUUUUAUUAGAAGCAAUGGAAAAUUACACUGGAAUGGAUUAUCAUCUCCCAAAAAUGGAUCUUUUGGUGGUUCCCAGGAAAGUCGCUGUUGCUAUGGAAAGCUGGGGUCUCAUCACAUGGGGAUAUGAGCACCUAUUGGGAAAAAAUGAAAUAACCCAUUUUGAUGAGAUGGUAUUUGUUCAUUCAAUGGCACAUGAAAUUGCACAUCAAUGGUUCGGUAACUUGGUAACAUGUAGAUAUUGGUGUAACUUAUGGCUCAAUGAGGGCAUUGCAACAUAUUUAAUGUAUCUGAGUGUUGAUAAGGUAUAUCCAGAGUUAAAGGCUAAGGAUACGUUCCUGCCAUAUUUUACAGACAUAAUUAUGUCAGCGGAUUUCGUGACACCUUCUCCUUUGGUAGAACAAAAUUAUUGCAAGAAUGACAUUUCGCAGUAUCCUAUUACUCCAAUGCAAUAUUUUAAAGGUGCCACUAUUACAAACAUGGUCGCGAACAUAAUAAUGAACAGUGAUUCAUUCAGACAAGGAUUGCAAACUUAUCUGAUUGAAAACCAGUUUGAUUCAGUCACAGGGAAAGAACUUUGGAGAGCAUUGCAGACCAAAAUAGACAAGUGUUCAAUUCCUGAAGGAGAAUCACUUGAGUCAUUGAUGCAUGGUUGGACUCACAAUUAUGGAUUUCCACUGCUGACAGUCUACAGACAUAAAAAUGGUUCUCUCGCUGUUAAACAGGAGCCAUUUGAUAUUCAAAGACAAAAUAAAGAUGUUAAAAGCUAUUGGUGGAUUCCUGUAACAUACACAACAUCAAAAGAGAGAGAUUUUGACAAUGUUCAUCUCAAGGAGUGGCUUAGGCCAACCAAUGAAGCACAACCACUUGCUGUAAACAUAAAAGAUGAUGAAUGGAUAAUUUUGAAUCUUCAAAAUAUAGGCUAUUACAAAGUGAAUUAUGAUAAAAGGACUUGGGAGCUCAUUACUACACAUUUAAUGAGUGAUAACAUGGCUCAAAUCCAUCCUUUAAGCAGAGCUCAACUAAUUACUGAUGCAUUUUUCCUUGCCAAAACAGACAUCCUGAAUUACUCAACUUUUUUAAAUAUUUCAAGAUACCUCCAAAACGAAUUCCAUUACAUUCCUCUUGAAAUAGGUUUAAACACGACUGAGAGUCUAGUAUACUAUUCAGAGGACACACCAGUUUUUGACCCCCUCAUAGGAUACAUCAAAUACAUUGUAAAUAAUGUAUAUAAACAUUUUAUAUCCAGUGAUUUCAAAGUUACCAAUUUUACUAACCAUAAAGCCAAAAUGACGAUAAUUAAAUAUGGCUGUUUAUUAGAUUUCCAACACUGCAAGAAUCAAACCAAAGAACUUCUUGAUGAUAUCAUAAACAAUAAAAUUGAUGAAAAUCAGUUAAACUCUGAGUUGAGGUAUACUUUUUGGUGUACUGCGGCUAAAAUAGGAGAUGAAAAAGUGUUCAACCACAUUAAACAGAAAUACACUGAAGAGAAACAAUCAUCAAUAAAAGAUGAAUAUUUACAUGCUUUGUAUUGUGUUAAAAAUGAAACAGUAUUUAUUAGCUUCUUGAAAGAUAUUUUGGAUAAGGCAGACUAUUUAAAAGAAAAUAUAUGGACAGAUUUGCUUAUCGAUGUUGUUUUCUUGGACUCAUCAUGUCUUACAAUCGACUAUUUUUCAAAAAAUUUUAAUUUGCUUAGUUCGAGUCAUGGAGAUGUAUUAAUGGAGCAUCUUGAGACCCUUGUUAAUAAACAGGUGUUGAAGAAAAAAUGCAAAGAUAAAUUGAAAGAACUUUUGGUACAAAAAUCUAUCAAUCUUACUAUAUCUGAAAAACCUCUUUGGGAUGAAAAGUAUGUUGCUGAAAUUAGUUCCUGGUUUAAGAGUGAAGCCAUUAAUUUUGAAAUAAAAGAGGACAAUACCAAUAUUGGCGACACAAAUAUAUUUAUUAAGGAUAAUCUAAAUUUCUUCAAAGUAAUGAUAGUUAUACUGUUAAUUGGGAUAAGUAGUGCCAGUAGCAGUAGUGAUCAAAUUGAGGAUUCAAAUAUAGAAUAUCCAUUUUGGAAAUAUUGGAAACCAUCCUAUUACUCACUUGAAAUUGCCCCAAAUAUUGAAGAGGAAUCAUUCUUUGGAGAAGUUCGAAUAGCUGGAACAAUUUUAGAGGACACGGACAAACUUGGGCUUCACAGCAAAGUGAACAUUUCAGAUGGAUUUUAUUCAAUAAAUGAAAAUAAUGCUCAGUUAGAUUUGAAUUUAGCAACAGAAAAUGACACUUCUGGUAUUAUUGUUUUUAAAUUAGAUCAAAUUAUAAAGAAAGAUGUUGAAUUUGUACUCACAUUAAAAUACUCUGGUCAGAUGCAAGAACUAAAAGGAUUGUACAUGUCUUUUUAUGAAUUCAAUGAUGAAAAAAGAAAAGUAAUUAGUACAGAAUUACAACCAAUGGGGGCCCGAUCAGUAUUUCCCUGUAUAGAUAUUCCUAGUUAUAAAGCAGUAUUUGAGAUUAAAUUGGGAAGGCCACAGUCCAUGAAAGCUCUGUCAAACAUGCCAGUUAGAAGCACAUCUGCUCCAGAUCCAAAAAUAAACGGUCAAGUUUGGGACACAUUCUACCCAAGUCCAAAAAUGUCCACUUAUCUAGUGGUAUUUGUUAUAUUUGAUGACCUGGCCAGCAUAGAACUUCCAAAAAACACCACUAUUUGGUUUCCAGAGGAGAGCAAAGAUUAUAUGCUUUUGCCAUCUGAAAUUAUGACAGUUUUAAUGGAGGCGAUGGAAAAUUACACUCAAAUAGAUUAUCAUCUCCCAAAAAUGGAUCUUUUGGUGGUCCCCAGGAAAGACGCUGUUGCUAUGGAAAGCUGGGGUCUCAUCACAUGGAGUCAUAAAAACAUAUUUAUGAAAAGUGAAAUGUCUUAUUUUGAAGAAGAGUUAGAAUUUGUUCUUUCUAUGGCCCACGAACUCACACAUCAAUGGUUUGGCAACCUUGUAACCUGUAGUUACUGGUGUUAUUUUUGGCUUAAUGAGGGCAUUACAUCAUAUUUAAUGCAUUUAAUUGUAGACCAAGUGUUUCCAGAUUCAAAAGCUAUGGAAUUGUUCAUGUCACUAAACACAGAUAAUGUUGUUUCUCAAGAUUACUUUGAGCCUUUUUCUUUGGUUAGCAGUAAAUACUGCCUGAAUGACAUUUAUGAUUAUCCUUUAUCUUCUAACAUGUACUUUAAAGGUGCUGCUAUCACAAACAUGGUUGCAAAUGUCGUUAUGAACAGUGAUUCGUUCAGAGAAGGAUUGCAAACUUAUCUGAUAGAAAACCAGUUUGACUCUGUAACAGAGCAAGAACUUUGGGGAUCAUUGCAGGUGAAAAUAAACGAUAGAACAUUUCCUGAUGGAGAAUCCCUUGAGACAUUGAUGCACGGUUGGACUCAUAACAGUGGCUUUCCCCUGCUGACAGUCAAUAGACAUGAAAAUGGUACACUCACUGUGAAACAGGAGCCGUUUUAUAGCACAGAGCAAAAAGUUGAUUUUAAUAGCUACUGGUGGGUUCCUUUAUCGUACACAACAUCCAAAGAGAGAGAUUUUGAAAAUGUUCGUCUCAAAGAGUGGUUAAGGCCAACCAACGAAUCACAACCACUUACAAUAACUAUAACAGAUGAUGAGUGGAUCAUUUUAAAUCUUCAGAACAAAGGCUAUUACAAAGUCAAUUAUGAUGAAAGGACAUGGGAACUCAUUACUGCCUAUUUAAUGAGUGAAAACAUGCUUCAGAUACACCCUCUGAACAGGGCCCAAAUAAUAAACGACGCCUUUGCCUUGGCUAAUACAAGCCUUUUGAAUUAUUCAACAUUCCUAAAUCUUACAAGAUACCUCAAAAACGAAUUACAUUAUACUCCAUUGUCCAACGGUCUUUCAUGGAUUGAUUUGCUAGUACAGUAUACUAUGGGAACGCCAGUUCAUGACACCCUCAAGGAAUACUACAAAUACAUUGUGGCCAAUGUUUACAAACAUGUUACAUCCAAAGAUUACCAAGCGAACAAUCUAAUUACCCAUGGGAUAAAAAUGUUGAUUAUUAAAUAUGGUUGUUCAUUCAACUUUCCACACUGCAAUAAUCAAACGAAAGAUAUUCUCAAUGCUAUCAUGAAUAAUGAGAUGGUUGAAAAGCAGUUAAAUCCAGAGCUGAGGAGUACCUUUUGGUGUACUGCAUCUACAAUUGGAGAUGAAAAGGUGUUCGAAUAUAUUAAACAUAAAUAUAUUGAAGAGGAACAAUGGUCACUUAAAGAAGAUUAUUUCAAUGCUUUGUUCUGUGUUACAAAAGAAGGCCUGGUGAAACGCUUGUUAAAUGACAUUUUAUAUGAAGCUGACUACUUAAAAGAAGAAAAAACCACAGAUAUGCUUAGUAAUAUUGUUUUUUCUGAUACUUCCUGCUAUACUAUUGAUUACUAUUAUGACAAUUUUGAUGAUAUUAAUUCACGUUUUGGAAAUAACUCUGUAGUAAAGGAACUCCAGAAACUUGUUACCACGAGUACAAUGAAGAAAAAUUGUAAAGACAAAUUGAAGAAGCUGUCUGUAGAAAAAUCCAUCGAUUUGGAGAAUAAUGGAACAAGAUCUUUGUAUGAAAAUUUGCAUGAAAAUUACAUUGCUGAAAUAAAAUCCUGGUUUGAGAGUGUUGAUAUCGAUUUUGGAAGUCCUUAUGAAGAGGAGGAUAAUAAUAUUGUAGACACAAAUAUAUUUAUUAAGGAUAAUACCAAUUUCUUCAAAACAAAAUAAGUUUUUGCAGGAAUGCUUUAUCUUUCAAAUUUCAAACACUGCUGCAUUUUUAAUAAUUAAGCAUUCUAUUAAUAAUAACUACUUUAUUAUAAUUUAAAAAUAAAUGCUUUACAAUUAAUGUAGUUUCUUUAAAUUGUACACUCAGCAGUAUCAGCAUUUGCAUUAUUCUGCUGUAUGAAAAUAGGCAGCUCUUCUAAAUAAUGUAAUUUUGAGGAAUCAAAAUAAAUGCUAAAACUUGUGACUAUAA